CAGUCUCAUCUCAUAUUACAGCAUGCACUCGCUGAUUUGGCUGCAGCCGCCGCACACCCACUCUGCUCACAUUGUCGUCGCUAUGCCUAUGUUGAGAUGCACAGAGUGUGUUUGUUGGUGUUGCGCGCCAGCGCUGCCAGCCAUACACAGGCUGUGAUUUACUCGAUGCCAUCGAGUAAACCGCCAAGGGGCCACCGGCCACUAUCUCCGGUCCUGGGGCAGGCUUGUCAAACUGCUCCACCGCUCCCCGCACUCGCAGGGCGUCGACGGCGACGUCGACAUCCAGAGACUAGGGUACCGAAGCUCAGAAACUCUCAGCAGGUCGUGUUCUAGAACUGGCCGAAACCGCUCCUAAUUACUCCUUGCCGUCGCUCGCAGAGGAUUGAUUUACAAGACUAGCUUCUCGGCCAUU